GGGGCCGCGGGGAGACGGCGGCUGAGGCGGCGCCGAGCGCGGAGCGGAGCCGGAGCUGCAGCUCUUCUGCCCACUUGUAAGUGCAACUGGUAUGGGUAAUGGUGUGAGAGAAGGUCAAGUGGAUUUCAAGCAGCAGGAUGUGGAGCCCUUUCCAUCAACCCAUCUCCCACCAGAGGGUAACCAGGAGAAAAAGAAAGUACUCAACUCCCUGAUGUCUGGUGCAUUGGCUGGUGCUGUUGCUAAAACAGCAGUGGCUCCACUGGAUAGGACAAAAAUCAUAUUUCAAGAACAAACACCCGUAGUUCAUCUGAGGUUGGAAAUGUCAGGAUCAGAGGUGAGAUGGAAACUGCAGAGCUGGGUGUCUUCAAAAAGAUUUUCUGCCAAGGAAGCCUACAGGCUGAUUUAUCACACCUACCUCAAUGAAGGCUUCUGGAGUCUCUGGAGAGGGAACUCAGCCACCAUGGUCCGGGUCAUCCCUUACGCUGCCAUUCAGUUCUGCGCCCACGAGGAGUACAAACAACUCCUGGGGAGUUACUAUGGAUUCCAGGGAAAAGCGUUGACACCCUUCCCUCGAUUCAUUGCUGGCUCUCUGGCAGGCACAACAGCUGCCAUGUUAACCUACCCCUUGGAUAUGGUCCGUGCUCGAAUGGCUGUCACGCCGAAGGAGAUGUACAGCAAUAUUGUUCAGGUUUUCAUCCGAAUAUCCCGAGAGGAAGGGUUGAAGACAUUGUACAGAGGAUUUACACCAACUAUCCUUGGAGUGAUUCCCUAUGCUGGGCUUAGCUUCUUCACCUAUGAGACGUUGAAGAAAUUGCAUGCAGAUCACAGUGGGAAAUUGCAGCCAUCCCCUCCGGAGAGGCUUUUGUUUGGUGCCUGUGCAGGUUUGAUUGGGCAGUCAGCUUCUUACCCCCUGGAUGUGGUUCGCCGACGGAUGCAGACAGCGGGGGUCAUGGGACACACGUACAGUUCCAUCCUUCUCACCAUGCAGGAGAUUAUAAGAGAAGAGGGACUAAUCCGUGGCUUGUACAAAGGACUCAGCAUGAAUUGGGUCAAAGGUCCAAUUGCAGUGGGAAUAAGCUUCACCACCUUUGACCUGACACAGAUCCUUCUCCGUAAAUUACAGCACAGCACUAAUGUUGAAAGGUAGUAGCUUAAUCCCCACAGCCCUUGCUGGGGAAAAGUGCAACACAUGUAGAAACAGCAAUGCUAAUGUUCCCUCACUCCACACACAUGCUCUCCUGCAGCCAAGAACUUACCUUUCAUGUUUCUUGUUUUUGUUGGUUUUCUCUUGUUGGAUUGGUUUUUUUUUUUCCCCCCCCUCUUUCUAACGAGCCUCUGAGUUAUUUGGAAACCUCAACCUGAAAAUAACUCCUUCCUGAACAAAAUUCUUCUUCCAGUUCUGUAGAACUGAGUCCUCUAAAGUAGCUGCCUCACCUUCCUGUUUUACUCUUUUUAAUACCAGGAGUGGAGCCUCUCAAACAAACCUGUGCUGCUGCCAGCUCCUCACCUGGUCUGGGUGGGCAGAGGAAGAGGUGGCUGCUGAAAGAGAGGACUCAGUGCUGUGGGAAUGAACCCCCUGAGCCUGGGAAGUGGCUGCUGCUCCUGGGAGGCAGUUCCUGAGCACACGUGUUAGCUGGAGGCAGUCUGCCAAGUGCAAUAUCCCAGUUUAGUCUGUAGGGAAUUCCAGAUUCCUCUGACCUGUGAGCAUCCCUCUACCUGCAACAGGACACAGUGGGAUUUGACAGGUCCAGGUUUUCUUCUGGAAGUCAGCUCUGGCUAGAAACCCUGCCCUUAUUCAAAUGUUCUACCCAUUUCUGGGUUUUUGUUGCUUGCAGUGUCCCUCUGAGAUUACCAAAGACCCUAAGAUAGCAGGGGAGGAAAGUUCUGAGUUGUUUUAUAAAUCAAUUUCUCAUGUUUGUUGUCAGUGUUGUUGAGUAGGGGCUGUGCCUGGAUUCACAAACUGGAUUGACUUGAACUGCAGUCGUGCUUUUGAGCUACCCAAACCUUUCUGUUGUUGCCCUGCUUUUGAAAGGCAGCAUUUCUGAGGGCUUGGAGAGACUGCAGCAUUGGUGCACUAGAAAAAGAAGUGUUACAGGCUUCAGAUGUAAGCAAGUUUUGUCCUUCAGUAUUAUGGUUGCUGCUUUACACACGAUGCAAGAACAAACAUCUCAAAGCUGCCUGGGUGAUGCAGACUUCCCUCUCCCACAAGCCUGCUCACAUCUGGUGAAUGCAAACUCAUGCUUGACCCAAGCUGCUGAACAACCUUGCUCUUUUUUGGUACCUGCUGUGGCAGUUGUGUCACCUCCAUUCACACCUAAACCCAUUGGCUUUGAUUCCCAGAGUUCUGGCCCCACUGUGUCCAUGGGAGAAGGGGCUCCACACCCCAUAUUGACCCCUCAGAAAUCAUACCCAGUGCCAAAAUGAGUGAAGUACCUUUCAGUGUUUCUGUUUCAAACUCAUCUUUGAGGAAAUAGAGCUUAGGGGUGGUUUUGUUCUGUGUUACAUUUGGAGUGCAAGAGAGAUCAGAGCAAACUUCAGACUUUUCUGAGAAUCAGAUUAGAUAAACCAAGAUGAGGAAUCCCUUUCCAGCUGAUUCAGUCUGUAGUGUAUAAUAUCAAGAAAAAUAAGGCAUAAUUUACAAGCUCUCCUUUUCUGGUGUAGAUAUUUUAGUCAUUACCAUUUGAUUUAUUAAUGGGACUGGAGGUAAUGGCACGAUUGGUAGGAAUAGUUUUCUCCUUUCUUUUGUCUUUGCACUUGUUCUUUGAGGCAUAACCUGCUUCUGAUGCCAAAUAUUCCCCUAGGAAUUGAGCACCUACCCUCCUGCUUUGUGGAGGAGAGCCAGCAGCCUGAAGGACUGAUGUGCAGGUUGUGGGACUGAUCACACACUGAUGGUUGUGGAUGGGCAGGGCAGUCACCACACUCAUUCCUGCCUCCAAGCCCACAAAUGAUGAUGAUUUCUGUUGUCAAACCCCCAGUCACUGAUUUACCUUGUAAUUAAUGUUAGGUGGUGGUGUUUUGAGGGGGUUUAGGGAGGAUGGGCAUGAAUUCUGUCUCUAUUUUUUUUUCUCCCAUCACUAGUGAAAGGUGAGUGGACUUUUGUUUAGCCCUUUACAAGAGCACCAUUUCUUUUCUCCAAUGGAGAAGCCAAUUACUUCUGCUCUUGUCCUUAUCUUCUCUGGCACAGUGAGGAAAUUUUAAGGCAGUUGAACCUCCCAAAAAGUGGGGUACAGCCCAGCACUGAGCUGUGCCAGCAGCUGCCUGGCCCAACAUGGAUCUGUGUGUCUGGGUGGACAUGCCAAGUCCUCCCUCAGCUUGGAGCCUUCCAGCUCAGUCCUUUCUUCACAGGUACUACAUGAAGAGGAGAGGAAGCUGAGCUGGGGCAUCCAGAUCAGAGUUGGGGCAUUCAGAUCAGAGCAGGUUCCUCUGCUCCCCACUACACCUUGUUUUAGGGGGUGCUGAGCAUCCCUGGGGCAUCAGAGGUGGCUUCAUUGCUCCUGGGUCCUGACUGAUUGACACUGGGUGACCAGGUUCUUGUUUGGGAUUGGGCUGGAGGGCUCUUGUCCUUAUCUUCUCUGGCCCAGUGAGGAAAUGUUAAGGCAGUUGAACCUCCCAAAAAGUGGGGUACAGCCCAGCACUGAGCUGUGCCAGCAGCUGGCCCAACAUGAAUCUGUGUGUCUGGGGGUUAACAUCCCUGGGGCAUCAGAGGUGGCUUCAUUCCUCCUGGGUCCUGACUGAUUGACACUGGGUGACCAGGUUCUUGUUUGGGACUGGACUGGAGGGCAGCUCUGCAGAAGGGACAUUCUACCCCAUCAGGAGUGAUCCAUGGAAGGGAAACCUUUGGAAGUGGCAGCUUCUGGGGCCUCUGAGCUGAGAAACCAGACCUGAAGCACAGCCAGGCUUGGGCUCAGAGAAGUUAUUCAGCUGCUGCACCUGAUUUUUAAUUCAAUGGAAUUUCAGCCAAGCAUGGUUUGUUUGGGUUGGUUUUUUGUUUUUCCCCAAGGUUUUGCAGGCUGUGUUUGUUCUGAGACAGAUCUUUGGAUUCAGUCUGUAGUGGGUUUGGUGCUUUUGUUGCUUGGGCAAAAGUGCUCAGAAUAACUGUGUGGUAUUGCUUUGGGUGGUUCUAAAUAGCUCUUUUUUUUUAUUGUUUUCUUCUCUGAUUUGAAUGUAGCAAAGGAGAAACAGAGUGUUCUCUUCCUUCCUAAUCCUUGCAUGAAUUGAGGUGUGUUCCACAUCUCUUUGCUGCCUGGAAUGAGUGCCUGAGAAGUUUUGGGCAUGCUGAUUUGGGAAGGGAGGAAAGUUGCCAAGAAGAUCUCUUGCCUUUAGCUCUGAGAAAGCAGACAAGUCUAACAGGAAUAUUCCCUCCUCCUUUUCUUGACCCAUAAUUGGUUUUUUUUCCCAUUUUAUUCUUCUCAAAUACUUUUCUCCUCCAGUCCUGUUUCUCACUCUUCCUCAAUGCAUAACUGCCAAACAUUAACUUGUGCUUUUUCUUUUUAUUUUUCUCAUCUAAUCUCCCUCUUUCUCUGCUUCUGCACCUUUAGUCCUGCACUAGCACUUCAGGAAAAUCAGAUCCAAUGAAAUGCAGCCAAAAAUGACAAAAUUGCAGCUUUGGUGGCUGUGCCCAAACAACCCAACCAGGCUUCCAGGGAUGCCUGUGGGGUGGGGGGCAGGAUGUUGAAGGCACUAAAUGAUGGGACAAGUGUUUGGGGGUUGAUUUUUAAAUUGAUUUUUUAAUUUGUUGAUAAGUUCUUGAACUACUUGUCCAUCCUAGCACCUUUCCUUCUCAAGCUGUGAAAUCCUGCUGCUUCUCCUCUCCUCUUUUUGAUACCUCCAUGGGAUACCCACUUGCUCAGGGGGUCACCAACCCUUGGAGAGGGGCACUUGGGGAACUUGAAUGUGUGAGAGAGAGAGAGGUGGGAUCUGAGCUGACUUCUUGCAACCCCUUUUUUUUUUUUGCCCUGCAUUCCCAGGGAAGGCAGAGCAGCUGAAGAGCUGGCUUGGGGCUUGGUAGGACCAUGGUGGGAGGAUCAGGAGAGGUGUGACAGGUAGGAAAUCACUGAAAAUCAUGGGUGGUGGAGCACUGGUACUCCGUGGGUGCUCUCCAGCAGCAGCUUCAGAGCCUUUGUGGAAAAAAGAGUGGUACUUGUGUUCACUUUUUUAGCAUCUUUUGCCCCCAAGGACUCAAGCACUGUCACCUUCACCCUCUGGUGACUUGAACACAAAAAAAAGCAGAUGAGGAAUGACAAGAACUGAGGGAGUCUGGUGCCAGUCCUGGGCAGGCAGAGGGAACACACUGGGAUGCUGGGCCAGAGGAGGAGGUGGGCUCUUACAAACCAGCCUUUUUUUCUUUUAGUUUUUUUGUGUUAAAAUUGUAGGGGCUGCUUCUUCCCUCUCAAUGCCAUGGGACACAGGGAUUCCCAGCACUCUUCUCUCCCUGUGUGGUCUAUGCACAUAGCAGCACAACCACUGUUGAAAUGCCUUUUGUGUCUUCCCCAUCCACGUGUGUGUGUGUGUGUGUGUGUGUGUUCUGUGUGUGUGUCAAUUUUGACUGCUUUUCUUGGAUCUGGAGUUCUAUUUUAUUGCAGUGAAGACACUUUGUUAUAAUAAUGUUUAUAUAUUUUAAGAUUUGUGCCAAGAGAGGAUGUAUAUUUAAUAAAAAAUUAUCAUUGA